AUGCAAAACAUGAAGUAUCUCAAAGUGACAAAGCCUUUGUCAAACGUAUGGCAAAUAUCAUUAUCUUCUCCACCCGAUAAUAGACUCACUCCAGAACUUUUAUCUGAAUUCUCUCAGGCGUUGGAUUUGGUAGAAACGCAAUGGAGAGAAAUUGGAGGAGGAAAAAUCAAUCCCAAGGAGCGAGAGAAGUUCGAAGGUAAAGGUGCGGGUGCAUUGAUAGUAACUAGUGACACGGAAAAGUUUUUCAGUAAUGGAUUAGAUUGGGAAAGGAGUUUGAAAAUUAAGAAUUUCUUUGAAGAAAUAUACGAUCCUGUAAUAUGGAGAUUACUCACGUUCCCUCUAUACACCAUUGCAGCUAUCAACGGACAUGCUUUUGCAGGAGGGAUGAUCUUAGCUUUAUCGUGCGAUUACAGAGUGAUAACAUCUGGUAAAGGUUUCUUAUGCAUGAAUGAGGUCCAAUUCGGGUCACCAUUACCGAAUUCGUUCAAUGCAUUAUUGACGUUGCGUAUACCUAACCCUCGACAACAUAGAGAUACUUUAUUAGCUAGAAGGUGGACACAACCUGAAUUACUGAAUAUGGGCUUAGUGGAUGAAGUCGUCGAUCAAGAUCAAGUGGUCAAACGGGCUAUCGAGAUUGGGCAUAAGGAAGGACUGAAAAUCGCUGGUGGUUCUUGGGGUGCUAUUAAAAGAGGAGCAUACCAUCCAGUUUUGGAAUAUUCUCAAUCAUAUAGAAAAUUGAAUCUCCCUCCACAGGAAGAAGCGGACUUCUUCAAGAGGGUAGGGACGAGUACGAAUAAAGCUAAAUUAUAG